CCCCAAGGGAUUAUAAUUUGAAAUGUAUUUUAUCAUCUUUUCUUUUACUUUUCUGGUGAUGAGAUUGAGGAUUGUCUCCACAUCCUGCAGAGAUGACUAAUCUCCAUAAAUACAUGGAGCACCCCCAGUUCUAUCUGGUAAGUUCAGUAUAUGACAUUUGAGACCUCUCUGGCUCGAGACGGACUCAGAUUCCCUACAUGUUGAGGUUAACUUGAAAUGUAGGUAACUCGUGUCCAGCAUUAAAUUUUUGUAGGUCAGGGAUUUAUUGAAGAUAUGGCAUUAUAUAGAGUUGAAUGGCAAAAUAUAGUUACAUAAUUCCUGUAGUUAAUAGUUGGGACUAGGCUUUCUGGAGCCGAGUAGAAUACCUUUUGAUUUAGACAGGAGGAACUAUUUCUAUUUCUGGAGCUCAGUAAAAUUUCCAUGAUGAAAAAAAUAAAUAAAUAAAAAAGGGUGCAGAUCUCAUGUUUGCGAGUGUGAGAAUAGGUGAAUUAAGUUGAAGAUGAAAGUGUAUUUUGAAAUUUCAAACAAAUGGAAUUGGACGUUAAAAAUGACUAUUUAAGACAACAUUUAAAGUUUUAAAUUCUCACUUUUCAUAUAUGUAUCUAUAUAUAUAUUCGAAACUAGUUUAGCAGUAGUAGUCUUUGCAUGAUAUAAGCAUAGUUUUCAGCAUAGUUUUCACAUGCAGAGAGUCAGGUGUCCUCCAUAAUUAUACAGUUAAAAAAAAGUCACAAGAAAAGUUAAAAAAAAGUCACAAGAAAAUUUCGUAACAGUCUUUACCAUUUAUUGGAAAAGCAGACUUUUUAAAGUUAUAAAUUAUCACUUUUCAUAUAUAUAUGUACAUGUAUAGGGUUAUUAUUAUUAUUUGAAUGUAUUUGAACAAAUUUGGACUCUCUAGUGUUUCAAUUUCUAUACAUAGGCUAGAGUUUGAAUGCCGAACAUGUCAAUUUUUCAACAUUUAAAUUCAUUUCAGUAUUGAGAGCUAAAUACGUAGGCCAGAGAGUUUCGAUUGAUUAUUGGGGUAUGUUUUGGAAAAUAAAAAUAAAAAAAAUUAAAAAUCAAUAUGCAGCAUAAGCAUUAAAAAAAAAAUGCUCUGGUGGGAAUUAAUUCAUUAGCGACAUUGAUUGGUUUAGCAACAUUUUUGCGGACAGAUAUAGGGGCUGAGGUUAGAGUUGGUUCUGCAGAAAAGAAUUUCACAAUAACAAACCUACCCAAUAUAUAUAUAUACCCUACAUUUAAGUAUAGAAAAGAGUAAAAAUAUCAUGUAACUAAAUAUGUAUCCAACCCUACAUUUUUCUCUAUUGUAUGGCCAACCAAACACACACACAUAUAUAAAAAGCUAAUACUUGGGCACAGCAAGCAAUUUCCACCCUCCAACUGCCAAUAACUAAUUCUCUGCUUCACAAAACCAUUAAACCAAUUAACCAGAGCCACUGAGAAGCUACUUGUAAUUAUUUUCAUUAUCUGAAACAAAUUGAUUUUUAAACAUGAGAAAUUAAACACAACAACAAACAAAAUCAUCAUCAAAUUAACUGCUUUAUGCAUUGGGUUUUCUGCUGGGUUCAUGGGAAUCUCUGCAAGAGCAUGUGCGGCCUCUGCUGUGGCAUGGUUGGUCCUCCUUGAAGGGUUUCUGGUUUCCGUUAACGGCGGCGGCGACAUUGAUUACAAAGAUGCACUUAAAAAGUCCAUUCUUUUUCUAGAGGCACAGAGAUCAGGAAAGCUUCCUUCCAACAACAGGCUUUCUUGGAGGGGAGAUUCUGCUCUUCAAGAUGGAAAAGAUGUAAAUGUGGACCUGGUUGGGGGAUACUAUGAUGCAGGGGACAAUGUGAAGUAUGGACUCCCCAUGGCAUUUACAGUGACUACACUUUCAUGGGCUGCUAUAUUUUAUGGACCAGAGCUCAAAGCAGCUGGGGAGCUACAAAAUGUUCAUGCUGCAAUUAGGUGGGGCACUGAUUUUUUCCUCAAAGCCAGCUCUAAGCGUAACCGCCUAUAUGUGCAGGUAGGAGAUCCAGAGCUAGAUCACCAGUGUUGGAUGCGGCCCGAAAACAUGCAAACGCCAAGAACUGUGCUAAGGAUUGACCAGAAUACACCAGGAACCGAGAUUGCAGCCGAAACUUCUGCAGCCAUGGCUGCUGCUUCAAUUGCCUUCAGAGGCUCAGACCGCGCCUAUGCUCGCCAAAUCCGUAACAAAGCCAAACUGCUUUUUGAGUUUGCCAAAAAAUAUAAAGGAACUUAUGAUGGAGAAUGCCCCUUCUACUGCUCUUACUCAGGCUAUAAUGAUGAGCUAUUGUGGGCUGCAACAUGGCUAUACAUUGCCACCAAGAAGCCCGUGUAUUUAGAAUACAUACAAGAGGAUUCCAUUAGUGCUCACGUGGCUGAAUUUAGCUGGGACCUCAAGUAUGCUGGUGCCCAAGUCCUCUUAUCUAAAUUGUGUUGGGAAGGGCAGAAAGGUUUAGAGUCAUUCAAGCAGCAAGCUGAGAGUUUUAUAUGCUCGGUGCUUCCUGAUAGCCCCUACCAUCAGGUUUUCGUGUCUCCAGGGGGUCUGAUUCACCUAAGAGAUGGGGCCAACACACAAUAUGUUACAGGCACAGCUUUCCUGUUUAGCGUCUAUAGUGAUCUGCUAGCCAAGUACAAUCAACAGGUCAAAUGUGGCGACAAACAGUUCAAUUCAGCCCAACUCAUGGAUUUUGCUAAGCAACAGAUGGAUUAUAUACUGGGGAAGAACCCAAAGAAAAGAUCAUACAUGGUUGGGUUUGGGAACAAUCCACCAAUGCAACCCCACCAUCGAGGCGCUUCUGUGGCCAAGUAUUCUGCAAACCAGGCAGUGAGCUGCCCCAUGAGCUUUGUUUACUUCUACAACAAAAAUAAUCCCAACCCGAAUGAGCUAACAGGCGCCAUCGUCGGAGGUCCUGACCGGUACGAUAAUUUCGUAGACCAGCGUUGGGAAUCAGCCAUGACUGAGCCAACAACCUACACCAACUCAUUAGCAGUUGGUGUUCUUGCAAAGCUUGCAAAGCAAUGUGUGUAGUUCAGUAGGAAUGCCUUAGCUGCAUGCAUGUAUGUAGAGUACACACACAGCUGAAUUGCCUCUCUCAUGCAUGCAACUAGCUCUUUAAUUACCUUAAUUAGAGAGAACAGAUAUUUAUCUAGUUUUUUUUUUUGGUUAAUGAUUUCAUCCUGGAAGCAGAGAAAGCAUGUAUGAAUGCAUGUUCUUUACUAUCCCUAAUCAUUGUUCUUCUUGUAUUUUCUGUCACCACUAAUAAAUUUCAUAUAUGUACUUUU